AUGGCUGCUCCCAACCCCACUUAUAGCCACAACAUCCAGGAUCUUACAAGAGGAAUUAUUUUGGCUGCCAAAGGAGAAUCCAAGGGCAGCAUCCUGAAGAUGUCUGAUAUAAAAAUCCGGAUCCAGGAUUUGUGGAAAGCCUUGGUGAAGGAAAACUUCAUCUUCAGCUUUAAAAAUACCAGGGAGAUCAUGACCAUAAGCAAACUCAAGACAAUGUAUAACAACUGCACUUUGCAGCUUAGAAGUCAUGUAUUGGGUUUGGAAAACCAUCUGACCAAUCAGAUUAAAAAUGGGGAAAUCCAGGAUCUCACAAGAAGUUCUAUUGAGGCUAAUGUUGCAGAAAAAUAUGAAGCAAUCAGGCAAGAACUUCAAAGAUAUUUUGAUGAAGACCAAGACAAUGAAAUCCUGAUUCAAUGGAAGGGAAAUUUUGAGAAUAAAUUUAGAAAUCUUAAAGAGACCCUUGUUUCAGAAAUCACCAGAAAAUCCACUGAUUUUCUUAGUUCAAGGAAAAGUCAAGAUAAAUUAGAUAAAAAUAAAUCAGAAUAUGAAGAACAGUUGUUGUUAAGAAGUAGAGAUGUGGCUCUCUUAGUAACAGGUAAAGAAUUAAGUGAGGAUGAACUAAGAGAGAAAUUUAACCAACUUUGGACAAUGUGGGUCUAUAAAGUGUCCUCAAGUUCCCCUCCUGAAGAAGACCCCAAUAUAGAGGUAGAUUUGGGGAUUGUCUUUCUAGACUAUUUUAGGUGGGAGCACAAUGUCAUAAGCAAACUUCUAUUAUGUUCCAGAAGGGAAACAUUUUCCAUUGAUUUUGAAAAACAUGUCAAAAUGAAGAAAAUAUAUCAUGUUUUCACUCCCUCCAUAGCAGAGAGUGAUAGGGUGAUCAUAAGGCAAACUACCAAAGACAUCAUGUCUCUGGUCAACAAAACUAUUGAAUCUUAUUCAGAAAUGGGAAGGGAUUAUAACAAAAGUUAUUUCCAUGAAAUACUGCAAUUGAUAGAUAAGGAAACUGCUUCUGCAUCCAAUGAAUCUAGAUACACAUUUACAAGUGAAUAUAAAAUGGAUUUGUCCUUAUGUUUGUGUCGAAGAGCAGCAGCUAUUUUUUUGGAUAUGCACAAAGCAUUCAAGAGAGCACAUGAUCCUGUCACA